UGCCAGGUUGGGAGGGUGGGGCUCCAGGUUGCUAAGCAACAUAGUCAACAAACCCAGAGACUCAAAACUGAAGUGUUUUCCCACGGAAAAGGCUGAAAGAAGUCAGGAACUGCUGCUGGGUCCGGGAUAGUUGGGAGGCUUGGUUUCCUUUUCCCACUUUGAGCCAUUCCUCCUUUGUCAUCUCUUCCCUGGGUUCUGCUCUCCACAUCUCUACCCAUGAGCCAGAAGGACAGAGACUGAAGCAUGCCACCCCCAGGAGUAAAGGGUGCACGGGAGCGGACCAAAAAGAGUGCACCAGGAGCUGGAGCUGGUGAGAAACGCAGGAAGGGCCCGAGGGCAACAGAGCCUCCGAAGCCAGGUUGGGACUUGAAUCAGGAGAGGCUGACGGCCAUGUCCUCCACACAACGCCGCCGCCACCUGCUCUUUGGAGACCUGCUCGACGACGCAGGCGCGGCCGCCUCCAUCUUUCCACGCGAGUCUGUGGACAUACCCAACUCCAUGCCCGACCCGUGCACCUGGACGCAGGCAUCCGAACUACCCUCUGAGCGUCAGAAUCGGCUUCUGGGCGUCCUCAAGGCCGCAGAGGCCCGCGGCAGAGUCCGCGCUCUGAGGUUGCGCUAUACCCGAAUGCGGGCAGAGGAAAUCGCUCUCCUGAUCCAGAAGCAGGGCUCCGCGCGCGCCGCCAUUCGACUGGAACUGUUUCUACCACCCCAACUGAAGCCCACGAAAAUCCCCGAUCCUCUGGACCGACAAGAGCGGAGGCGUGUUGAGACAAUCCUGGAAGAGGCGGUAGAUGGCAGCAUCUUCCCGCGAUGACUGUGACCCUGGCCGACAGAACCCCAGGAUUACAAGGGCUCCCCACCCUCUAACAUAAAGUUCUCAUCGAGGGUU